CACUGUACACAGACGUCAAGCUCCAAAGCUACCAGCUCAUCAACGACAUCGCAUAGCUGUUCACAACAGCUCAUUCUCACUCAUGUAACUUAGAACAGAAAGGCAAGAUGAAGAAGACAUUACUCAUAGUUUUCAUUCACGGAUUCAAGGGAGGUGACGACACCUUUGGCGACAAGGAAGGCUUCACAGCACAGCUCCGAGCAGACCUCGCCGCCCUCCUCCCCAAGAUCAACGUAAACGUCCUCGUAUAUCCCAAAUAUGAGACGCGCGGUGACCUAGGAGACUGCGUGAGCCGCUUCCGCGACUGGCUCCUCGAAAAAGUAAUCGACCUAGAAGUCGCAAACAACACCCCCUCACCAACAGUAGACCCCUCCGUCCGUGUCAUCCUAGCAGGCCACUCCAUGGGCGGCAUCGUCGCCGCGGAAACAGUGAUAGGCCUCACCUCGGAAAAGCCAAUCUACUCGGAAGACGGCGUCGAAAAGGCGGCGGACUCGUCCACCGCCACCUUCAACAGCCUCAUGUUCCCCUACAUCCAGGGCGUCAUCGCCUUCGACACGCCGUAUCUGGGAAUCUCCCCCGGCGUCGUCGCCCACGGCGCAGAGGGCCACUACAACACCGCCAACGCCGCCAUGACGCAGCUCAGCGGCCUCGGCACCGCGCUCUGGGGCGCGAAGCAAGCUACUUCUUCGCCAUCUAGGAAUAAAGCUCCCGUCGCUGCUCUUCCCGCCCCUCCAGCAAACUCCUCACAGCAAGGCGGUGGAUGGGGAUGGGGCAAGAUCGCAAUGGUAGCAGGCUCCGCCGCCGCCGUGGCAGCGAGCGCGGGAGCGGCGUACUAUAAUCGCGAACACAUCACCCAGGGCCUGACGUGGGCGACGUCGCACCUCGAGUUCGUGGGGUGCCUCGCAAAGGGCGCGGAGCUGCAGAAGAGGGUGCAGUACAUGGUCAAGCUCAACCGCGAGCUCGACGUGGGCUUCGCAAAUUUGUAUACCCGCCUCGGUAAAGCCGCCGGCUCCAAGGAGGUCAGCGUUGUCGGCACGGUGCUGGGCCGGGACCGGACGUUUUGUAAUUUGCCGAAGCGGGAUAAUGGGGGGACGUGGAAGCAGGCUGUGAAUGAUGUUGCUACGGAGGAGACGCAGGCGCAUAUGAACAUGUUCGAACCAAAGAUGAACCCAGGAUAUGACAAACUCAAGGAAGACGCGGCAACUCUCAUCGCCCAGUGGACGCGGAACGAAUGGUACGAGUCCAGCGAGGAGGACAAGCUCGCCAUAAAGGAGGCGGGCGAGAGCGCCACCGCUUGAUACCGUAGACUGUGAUGUUUCCUUUUGUUUCUUAUUAUUACGGCUGCUGGAGCGAGGACGCAAUUUUGUAGACGCCCAUCCUCUUUUUCUCUUUUUGUCUAUAACCAUACCCCCGACCAUUAUAUAGUCCUUAUACCCCACUUAAAUUUUGGAUUCUCAUCUUUCCCCUUCUUUGAGUUGAAGAAUUACUGCGUCUUGGAGCGGCCCGCCUCCUCGGCCUUCAAGUUGCGCAUGACCUUGCUUCUCUGCUUCAUCAUGUAUGUGUAGAGAAUAUACGAUCCUAUUUCCCAUUCGUCAGCACUCCUUCCUCGCGAUCACAGACAUAAAAUGUGGGGGUAACAUACCAGGAACAUAAACAGC